AUGGAGAUAUUAUACGUUCUGCUGGAAGAGUAUUUUGAUGCCAUACAUUGGUUCUCACUGGCUAUCUACGAACCAAAAUUCCGCCAAAUGCUCCAUUCUAUUUCUGACGGAUUUGCACAUCACUCACAAAAGCCAUUUCUCUUGUUGCUAGCAGUCAUGCUAGGAAUGGCAUCGUGGUAUCGAGCUCAAAGAAGUGGAGUUGAUCUAGCCGACCAUAGUGAUGAAUGGUGGGUAUGGAGUACAGAUUUGUUGAAGCUCGUCGAGUCAAAUAUCGUGGAGAUUAUGGAUAAACCCUCAAUCACAGCUGUCCAGACUUGUAUCCUACUUGGAUCGCAUCAUGUCUAUCACGGCCGUCCAAACCUCUCCUUCUCGCUAUUGGGAGCGACUGUCAAGAUGUCCCAAUCUUUAGGGUUGCACCGGCAGACCUCACGAGGACCACUGGAAGACAUUGAGGAAAGGAAAAGGAUUUGGUGGACAAUAUAUACGUGGGACAGAUUCGCUUCAAUUACCUAUGGCCGGCCACUGGGGAUCAAUGACGAAGACUGCGAUGUUAUUAUGCCAGCAGACGUGUUAGAAAACCCGAGUUUUGUUACUCCCACAUCCGAUCAGGGCAACCUCAUACUCUACUCUUCUUAUCAGCGGGAGCUGAACCGACUCUACCUGAUCGCAUCUCCAGCCCUCAAGGCUAUUUUCGGCUCACGGACAUUGGGGACUUCUAAUCAACUGACGGGAGAUACAUAUUAUGAAUUGGCCAAGAAUGCCACGCAGGACCUUCAAAGAUGGUAUAGACUUUUACCCAGCCAUUUGUCCUUGGAUCUGGAGCAAGACUUUCAUGCCGAUGGGAGUCUAAAGUCCAGGGCAUAUGCGUUACAGUCUCUGUCAUUACAGCUUACCUAUGAUAACGUCCUCAUUAUACUCCACCGACCUUUGUUGAACCGGCAGGUUGACAUUUUGUCUACGGAUAACGAACGAGCAGCUUUGGGGGAUGGCAAUUCCAUUAAUCAUUCGGGCAGUGCUGCUUUCAGUGUUGCCAGUUCAGAACUGUGGAGUAACGCCGCAGUGAGAACAUCAAGGGUAACGGAAUUGCCAGUUCUCGCCCAACUCGCCACAGAAAGUCAUCUUGUAGCCUUUCUCGCUAUCAAUCUAUUCAAUGCUGCGGUAGUGCUCGCUGUGAUGGCUCUUUCCGAGCCUCUUUCCGAUACAGCACAGGACAUUAAGCGAACAAUUACUCGUAUCCUCCGUUUGCAAGACCUGCUUGGCAAGCGCUCUGCACUCUCGAAGCAAUGCGCAACUAUUCUCAAAAACGUCGUUAUUCUGCUGCUCCGUCGUGAAUCAGAGACCAUAUUCGCGCCGUUGUUCAGUACCAGCCAACGAACGCAGGCACAGACUCAACAGACCCCGGCAGAGAUAUCUCUGAUGUCCGUCGAGGACACGCUUCGGCUGCCGCUUGAUUUCACCCUGAACUCUCCUUCUUUCGUUGGGUAUCAAACUUGGCCAGAUCUCAGCAGAUCUCAUCGUCUUAACGAAAGCUUAAUAUCUGUUCAACAUGGUAAUUAUCUUGAUUCAUGGGAGCGCACACCAUGCGUAUUGACCUUGCUAAUGUGGUUAUUCUUCCCAGUUUUGGGUCCAGGAAAUGACGGACAGUCUAGUAUACCGACAGAGGGUCCUGAACGCCGUGGAUUCUCUGAGCAAGGGAUGCAGCCACAUAGUAACUACCAAUUACCAGCAGAGUAUGAUUCGAGUAUGUAUGGUGGUUCUCAAGAUGGUGUACACGAUAGUCACAUGGAAAAUAUUGACGGCGGGCUAUAUUGGUUAUGGGAUACGACAUGGAAUGGAAUUGACAGGGAGUAA